AUGGCUUGUCUCAAAAAAGCAACUUAUGCUCUCACACCAGCAAGAUAUGAAGAAGCACUAAUGGAAAUGGAGUUAAUGGGAAGGCCUGGGGUUGCUGAGUAUUGCCGCAAUAUGCCUAGGGAACAUUGGUCCAACGCGUUCUUCACUGGCUGUAGAUUUGGUCAGACUACAUCAAGCGUUGUUGAGUCCUUCAAUAAUUGGAUUCGGAAAGAAAAGAGGUUGCCUGCCUGCGCCCUCGUUGACAUGAUCAGGUUACGCGUUAUGGAGUUGAUGAAUGAAUGUCGCGAAAUGAGUCUUUUGAUGGACCCAGAGAAGCUCACUCCUACCUACGAGGCGUUACUUAAAGAACAUAUUCAAAUUGGUCGAGUUUGGAAUGUUACUCAGUCAUCUGCGUAUGAGUAUGAGAUUCAUUCACCUAGGUUUCACAUUGUUGAUCUGCUGAACAAGACUUGCACCUGCCAAAGAUGGCGUGUUUAUGGUUUUCCAUGCUCUCAUGCUACAACACCUAUUUCUGCCAAGGGUGAUCGAUACGUAGAUUAUAUCGAAGACUACUUCAAAGUUACAAAUUUUCAGCAGCUAUAUUCAAUUGCUAUCAGACCAAUCCCCAACUACAACAGGCCAGAGCAGUAUCUGCUAGAGGAUACUAUUUUUCCACCCAUCCACGAGUUCCACCCAGGUAGGCCAAAGGAAAUCGUAUCAGAAUGCAUGGAGAAAGCUAGAAGUCGUCCGUUGUUCCAACUGAAGAAAAAACUCACCACAACAAGGCAACGUGCACUGUCAUUCCUCCAUACCAUGAGUUUAGUUCAGACCCUCUAUUAG